GCGCCCGGCUUCGUCGAUGGGGCCGAGCGGCGGGCGCUGAGGAGAGGCCGGGAGCAGCCGCCGGUGCCAGCCGGAUUCUUGAACACACCUUUUAAAGGACUAAAGGAAAGCAACUGAGAAUAAUGAAUAGCCAUGCAGCAGGUCCUGGACAACCUUACCGAUCUGCCAACAUCGACAGGCGCUGAAGAAAUAGACCUGAUUUUUCUUAAAGGAAUUAUGGAAAACCCUAUUGUAAGAUCACUUGCUAAGGCUCAUGAGCGACUGGAAGAUUCUAAACUUGAGGCUGUCAGUGACAACAACCUGGAGUUGGUGAAUGAAAUUCUUGAAGACAUCAGUCCCUUAGUAAAUAAAGAUGAAAAUAUUGCAGAAUUGGUUGGAAUACUCAAGGAGCCUCAUUUUCAGUCACUCUUGGAAGCGCAUGAUAUUGUGGCUUCAAAAUGUUAUGAUUCCCCUCCUUCUAGCCCAGAAGUCAACAAUUCUUCAGUGAACAACCAGAUAGUUCCAGUAGAUGCUAUUCGUAUCCUUGGAAUUCACAAAAGAGCAGGAGAACCACUGGGCGUUACCUUUAGAGUAGAGAACAACGAUCUGGUAAUAGCGCGGAUUCUUCAUGGUGGAAUGAUCGAUCGACAAGGUCUUCUGCAUGUGGGUGACAUUAUUAAAGAGGUGAACGGCCACGAGGUUGGAAACAAUCCCAAAGAAUUGCAGGAGCUGCUGAAAAACAUUAGCGGCAGUGUCACUCUGAAGAUUCUCCCCAGCUACAGAGACACUGUAAUCCCUCAACAGGUUUUUGUGAAGUGUCAUUUUGACUAUAAUCCAUACAAUGACAACCUCAUCCCAUGCAAAGAAGCAGGUUUGAAAUUUUCCAAAGGAGAAAUCCUUCAGAUUGUAAACCGGGAAGAUCCAAACUGGUGGCAGGCCAGUCACGUCAAAGAAGGAGGAAGUGCAGGACUUAUUCCUAGCCAGUUCCUGGAAGAGAAGAGAAAGGCCUUUGUUAGAAGGGAUUGGGACAGCUCAGGGCCUUUCUGUGGAACUAUAAGUAGCAAAAAGAAGAAAAAGAUGAUGUAUCUCACCACAAGAAAUGCAGAAUUUGAUCGUCAUGAAAUCCAGAUUUAUGAGGAAGUAGCCAAAAUGCCUCCUUUUCAGAGGAAAACGCUGGUAUUAAUUGGAGCCCAGGGAGUGGGGCGAAGAAGUUUGAAGAACAGGUUUAUAGUACUGAACCCUACUAGGUUUGGAACUACAGUGCCGUUUACCUCACGAAAGCCACGGGAUGAUGAAAAGGAUGGGCAGGCCUACAGAUUCGUGUCACGGGCUGAAAUGGAGAUGGAUAUUAAAGCUGGCAGAUAUUUGGAGCAUGGAGAAUAUGAAGGGAAUCUUUAUGGCACCAAAAUUGAUUCCAUCCUUGAAGUUGUUCAGACAGGAAGGACCUGCAUCUUGGAUGUGAAUCCACAGGCCUUGAAAAUACUGAGGACUUCAGAAUUCAUGCCCUACGUAGUGUUUAUUGCUGCUCCAGAGCUGGAGACUUUGCGUGCUAUGCACAAGGCUGUGGUCGAUGCUGGAAUCACGACCAAACUUCUCACUGACACCGAUUUGAAAAAGACCGUGGACGAGAGCGCACGGAUCCAGCGAGCCUACAACCACUACUUUGACCUGACCAUUGUCAAUGACAACCUGGACAAAGCCUUCGAGAAGCUACAGACUGCCAUCGAGAGACUGAGGCUGGAGCCCCAGUGGGUCCCAAUCAGCUGGGUCUAUUGAGAUCUCUCAAGAGGAGCUCGAGUCAGCCACGGCAGAUACCCUCCUGUGACGCCGUGUAGAUAGUGACGGUAACCCCCAGCACCUGUGCAUUUUUACGCUGUGUAUAUUCAAAGUACACUGUUCUGAAUUUUUAUAGAAAUGCUGAAGGGAAAGUGUACUUAAAUAUGUAAUUUAUUUUAAUUUUUCUAACUUUUUACAGAUAACCUUUCUAUUCAUAUCACAUGAAGGAAAUGCGUUUAAGCAUUUUUAUAUGUUUUGAUUUAGUACCUUUGCCUUUUUCAUCUAAAAAACUUUCAGUCGUUCACUUCAACAUUUACAUCUUGGUCUUACAUUUUCACUGUGAUUUCAAAAAGAAAAAAAAGGAUACUUGAAACAAUUUUUAUAGAACUUGUUAACAUCAGUGUUUAACUGGUCAAAAGUCUAUAGCUCUUAUUAGGAAAGAACACUGAUUUCUUUGGGUUUUUUUCCUUCCUUAAAAACCCAAUAAUUUCAUGGGAGCAGAAUUUUAAAUAGGAAAAGCAGCAACCAACACAGCUCCAUUGCUCCAGCUUCUUUCAGCUUAAUGUUGGUGCAUUCUUGAUGUUUCACAAAUUCUUGAUGUCUCUUGAUUUAGACAACUGUUGUGUAGGUUCCUUUAUAUGUGUCUCUUCAAAUACCCUGAAGCAAUACCUUGCAAGCUGUUAAUGAGGCUGUUCUGGGGAGCCAGCCUGUUAGCCCAGCGUGGUUGAAGUACUCACAUUAGAAUCCUUAUAUGCAAGGUAACCGAGUGCAAUUCAAGUAAUGGUGAAGUAGCCCAAGAGAGAACCUGAUAAUGUGGAGCCUUGUAGAGUGACAGUUAAUGUUUAGGACUAUUUAUUCACACUUGUGAAAAUACAUUGACUUAAAAAAAAAAACAAACAGAAAAAAAGGAAAAAACAACUUUCUUUUCUUAGGACAUUGCUAUUUGUGUAGUGAUCUGUGGCUUCCUUUCCUGUGAUAUCUAGCUGGGUUCUGUAUUCUCUUUUUGAAUAUUUGUGUGUGAUCAACUGCUGUAUUUUUUGAGUGUGAUGUAAUGGAAUUUAUGUGCUUUUUAUUACAUUGGGUUUAGUUACUUUUUCAUUAGCUAGCUUGUGAAUUGGAAGCUUACUGCUAAAAAGCAAUGUUGUUUAUACCUUUUGGUUUUACAACAUACUUCCUUCUGUUCAGUGGCAGUCCUCCCCUUUGUAGGCUCAUUGAUACAAUUCCUGUUAGGUUCAAGUUCAUUGAUCAGAACUUAGGCUGAUGUAUAUUUCUGCUUCACAAGAACAAAAGGAAAGUACUGCUUGUUGCUAAGAGCAGCUCUUUAGUGGCCAUACUUGAUACUAUAAUGUCAGCUGCUGUAUAUAGUAACAUUUGCCCUCUCUUACCAGCUUAGGUGUCUAAACUGGACUCAUCGAUCUGUUUGAUUUCUCUUCCAUCUGGUGACAGGCACCUGGCUUCUGAGUUCUUUUUCACCACCAAAGUGUGACACGCAGCGCUAUCAAAAGGCAAAUUCCUCAGAAUUACUUCUGAAGGAAAAGAGCUUACACACUGUAAAGCAGUAUUACUUCCUGGGGCUCUUAAAGACUUUCAUGUGCAGGACAGGAAAAGUGUAAGCCUCAAAACCACCUGUGUGCUACAGACGACUUUUACAAAGCCUAUAAAAUUGGUUGUUGUAGGGGAAAAGGAGGAGGAGAGGCUGGAGAUCCCUGCGUAUGUGGGAAGUGUCAGUCAGAGCCGCGUAUAGCACAGGUAAGCAUUGUGGCUGUCAGCACUGAGAUUUCAGUCUUGUAGAGGGAAUCUGAAAAUCUGUAAGGGAACAUUUGUGUCACUACUUUGUUUUAUUGCUAUGAUUUUCUGGUUUUAAGUUUGCCAGAGCUUUUGAAAGUGGCACCAGCAUGAGACUUGUUUUCCUUUCCCCAGGAGAGAUGUUCUGUGAUCCUAUUCCUCAGAGGCAGCUUUGAGACAUGGAGGCUUGUGUGUAGCAGCAAUGAUGGCAGUUCCAUUGCUGGUGUUAAUGACUUGAGAUUGGCACUGUAUGCUGAACGUGACUGAGCUGUGUGUGUACUGUGUAAUAGAGGACCUGCAAAGAUGAUGUGCUCUCUGGACAGAUAAGACGAUGCCUUUUCAUUAUGAGUUAGAAAAUAUUCUUGUGAUGCCAAAAUUGGGCUGAGCUCACUCUUCCCUGAAGAAUGAAAGGGGAAGGAUCUUCAGUUUCCCUACCACAGUACUUUAUACUAAAAAUACCACUUUCGUUUUCCCAAGUGAAACAAGGGCAUGAAGGGGUUAGUCACAGAAACCUCUCUGCUCCUUCUGUUUCCAUCCCAGGGAGAAUACUGUCAAAAGAGCCUCCUUGAUUAGUUUGCAGUCUCCAAAUAGCCAUGUAUCUGCUGAAUCUGAAAGCUUUAGCUUUUGCUACAUGCUCAUGUAGUGCUUUUUUUUAAUGGCAGGCAGCUAGCAGAGCGGAGCCUAAUAGCUGACCAUUUGGGGGUGUAAAUGUAGAUGCUAAUGAGAAGUAAAAUUCUGAAGCAACAAGAAAAGAUGUCUUACUUAGGUUGUACACCAAGAUUGUAUCGGUGUCCAGAGGUUUUAAGGGGAGGGCCUAUGUGUGGAUUGUAAGGGGGCAAGAAAACUCCCCAACCACCACAAUCCUUGAGUUGAUUUGUUACGGCUGGAAAAUGCAGUUUGGAUCGGCAGGUAUGUAAUGUUGGGGAGGUGAGCAGGGAGAGGGGUUGAUGUGGUUUUUUGUGCUGGUGGGGUUGUUUUUUGGGUGUUAGCAAAAUCAGCUUUUCAUCAGCCACUCUGUGCUGCUUGUCACUGUCAGGUAGGAUGACCAGAAUGAGAAUGACAGUUGGUUACUUCUUUUGAAAAGAGCAUUCAGUGAGGUUCUUGGCACGGUGGUGCCACGGCAGUUACAUACACAGCCACGAGUUAGGGUGUGCUAGAUCAGCCGAGCCCUCUACCUUGUGCAAUAAGGGGAGAAAGACACUAUGAAAGGCCAGUCCUGAGCAAGUGAAACUGUUUCAUAAACAGCUGUUUGGAGUAUUUUGGAGUUAAAACAACCAGGAUUUCAUGCCUCUCAUUCUGCACUAAACAUUCAUUUCCAGAUAGUUACAGGAGAACUUUUUACACUGACUGUUAAUGAUAAGAAUAGGUGUGUCUGAGCGAGGUGAAGAUGCUGCUAAGUGUUUAAGAUAUGUGGUAUGUAUCACAAGAUAAAUAUUUAAGUAGUUUAGAAGAGUAAAUUAUCAAAUAGUUGUCUGUGUAUAUGUACGUAUGUGGACGGUAAACCAGAAAAUGCUCAUGUCUGCUAUCACCUUGCUAAGCUACCAUGACUUAAUCUGGAAAUGUACCUGCAUGUGAGACUUUAGAACUGGUACACUUCCCUCCCUGGUUUAUUGUGUUUACUAAUGUAUAUUUUUCUAAAUAUACAGAUAUUUCAAUCUAAAAA